AUGGCCGUGGACAUGGACGUGGACGUGGACGUGGACAUGGACGUGGACAUGGACGUGGACAUGGACGUGGACGUGGACAUGGACGUGGACAUGGACGUGGACAUGGACGUGGACAUGGACGUGGACAUGGACGUGGACGUGGACAUGGACGUGGACGUGGACAUGGACGUGGACAUGGACGUGGACGUGGAUAUGGACGUGGACGUGGACAUUGACGUGGACGUGGACGUGGGCGUGGACGUGGACAUGGACAUGGACGUGGACGUGGACAUGGACGUGGACGUGGACAUGGACAUGGACGUGGACAUGGACGUGGACAUGGACGUGGACAUGGACGUGGAUGUGGACAUGGACGUGGACAUGGUAGUGGACGUGGACGUGGACAUGGACAUGGACGUGGACGUGGACAUGGACGUGGACGUGGACGUGGACCUGGACGUAGACGUGGACGUGGACAUGGAUGUGGACGUGGACGUGGAGGACUUAGACGUGGACAUGGACGUGGAUGUGGACGUGGACGUGGACAUGGACGUGGACAUGGACAUGGACGUGGACAUGGACGUGGACGUGGACAUGGACGUGGACGUGGAGUUGGACAUGGACGUGGACGUGGACGUGGACGUGGAUGUGGACGUGGACAUGGACGUGGACGUGGACUUGGACAUGGACGUGGACAUGGACGUGGACAUAGACGUGGACAUGGACGUGGACGUGGACAUCGACGUGGACGUGGACGUGGGCGUGGACGUGGACAUGGACAUGGACGUGGACGUGGACAUGGACGUGGACAUGGACGUGGACGUGGACGUGGACGAGGACAUGGACGUGGACGUGGAUGUGGAGGAGUUGGAUGUGGACAUGGACGUGGACAUGGACGUGGACGUGGACGUGGACAUGGACGUGGACGUGGACGUGGACGUGGACAUGGACGUGGACGUGGACGUGGACAUGGACAUGGACGUGGACAUGGACGUGGACGUGGACAUGGACGUGGACGUGGACCUGGACAUGGACGUGGACAUGGACGUGGACAUGGACGUGGACAUGGACGUGGACAUGGACAUGGACGUGGACAUGGAGAUGGACGUGGACAUAGACGUAGACGUGGACGUGGACAUGGACAUGGACGUUGACGUGGUCGUGGACGUGGUCGUGGACAUGGACAUGGACGUGGACGUGGACGUGGACAUGGAUGUGGACGUGGACGUGGACGUGGACGUGGACGUGGACAUGGUCGUGGACGUGGACGUGGACGUGGACGUGGACGUGGACAUGGACGUGGAUGUGGACAUGGACGUGGAUGUGAACGUGGACGUGGACAUGGACAUGGACGUGGACAUGGACAUGGACGUGGACGUGGACAUGGACGUGGACGUGGAUGUGGACUUGGACUUGGACGUGGACGUGGAGGUGGACAGGGACGUGGACGUGGAGGUGGACAUGGACGUGGACGUGGACGUGGACGUGGACGUGGACAUGGACGUGGACGUGGACGUGGACGUGGACAUGGACGUGGACGUGGACGUGGACGUGGACGUGGACAUGGACGUGGACGUGGACAUGGACGUGGACGUGGACGUGGACGUGGACAUGGACAUGGACGUGGACGUGGACAUGGAUUUGGACGUGGACGUCGACGUGGACAUGGACGUGGACGUGGACGUGGACGUGGACAUGGACAUGGACGUGGACGUCGACGUGGUCGUGGACGUGGUCGUGGACGUGGAGGUGGACGUGGACGUGGACGUGGACGUGGACGUGGUCGUGGACGUGGUCGUGGACGUGGACGUGGUCGUGGACGUGGACGUGGACGUGGACGUGGACGUGGAGAUGGACGUGGAUGUGGACGUGGACAUAGACAUGGACGUGGACAUGGACGUGGACGUGGACGUGGACGUGGACGUGGACAUGGACGUGGACAUGGACGUGGACAUGGACGUGGACGUGGACGUGGUCGUGGACGUGGUCGUGGACGUGGACGUGGUCGUGGACGUGGACGUGGACGUGGACGUGGACGUGGAGAUGGACGUGGACGUGGACGUGGACAUGGACAUGGACGUGGACAUGGACGUGGACGUGGACGUGGACGUGGACGUGGACGUGGACGUGGACCUGGACAUGGACGUGGACAUGGACGUGGACAUGGACGUGGACAUGGACGUGGACAUGGACAUGGACGUGGACAUGGACAUGGACGUGGACAUGGACGUAGACGUGGACGUGGACAUGGACAUGGACGUUGACGUGGUCGUGGACGUGGUCGUGGAUAUGGACAUGGACGUGGACGUGGACGUGGACAUGGAUGUCGACGUGGACGUGGACGUGGACGUGGACGUGGACAUGGUCGUGGACGUGGACGUGGACGUGGACGUGGACGUGGACAUGGACGUGGACGUGGACGUGGACGUGGAUGUGGACGUGGACAUGGACGUGGACGUGGACGUGGACAUGGACGUGGACGUGGACGUGGAUAUGGACGUGGACAUGGACGUGGACAUGGACAUGGACGUGGACAUGGACAUGGUCGUGGACGUGGACGUGGACGUGGACGUGGAGGACUUGGAUGUGGACAUGGACUUGGACGUGGACGUGGACGUAGGCAUGGACGUGGACAUGGACGUGGACGUGGACGUGGACAUGGACGUGGACGUGGACGUGGACAUGGACGUGGACGUGGACGUGGACGUGGACGUAGACAUGGACGUGGACAUGGACGUGGACAUGGACGUGGACGUGGACAUGGACGUGGACAUGGACGUGGACGUGGAUGUGGACGUGGACAUGGACAUGGACGUGGACGUGGACGUGGACGUGGACCUGGACAUGGACGUGGACGUGGACGUGGACGUGGACGUGGACGUGGACAUGGACGUGGACAUGGACGUGGACGUGGACGUGGAUGUGGACGAGGACGUGGACAUGGACAUGGACGUGGACGUGGACGUGGACCUGGACGUGGACGUGGACAUGGACGUGGACGUGGACGUGGACGUGGACGUGGACAUGGACAUGGAGGACUUGGACGUGGACAUGGACGUGGACCUGGACGUGGACAUGGUCGUGGACGUGGACGUGGACGUAGACGUGGACAUGGACGUGGACAUCAACAUGGACGUGGACAUGGACGUGGACAUGGACGUGGACGUGGACGUGGACGUGGACGUGGACGUGGACAUGGACAUGGAUGUGGACGUGGACGUGGACAUGGACGUGGACGUGGACAUGGAUGUGGACGUGGACGACGUGGACUAG